AUGGUGUUUAAGGUACAUCCUCAAAGACAACAACAUGUUUCUAACGAGGCCAAUAAGUAUAACACAGACAAUAAUAAUCAACAGGAUGAAUUUGAGGUUGCUGCAGAUGAACGACUCUCAGACACGAUGAUGAUGAACAACAAGCACACACAAAGGUCUUCAUGUUGUUCCAUAUCAUUGAGGUAUUUCCUUGUUCUCACCAUUUCAAUACUCAUCAUUUUGUGUUCCAUCACAAUCUAUGUGAGUGUUUUUAUUGGAUUAUAUACUUCCAUUGAUGAGCUCUCAAACAAGGUAGUCAUGAACGCUCAAGACAAAAUUGUAACCUUUCUAGAUGGCUAUAUGGGAAAGCUCAAAUUGAUGGCUCAACUAGGAGCUCAACAAUAUAAUUCAGCCAUUGGAAUUCACACAUUUACCAAAGACCUCUUUCGAAGCUACAUGUUUCAUUUAACCAAACAAUCUGGUGUAUUUGUAGGCUACUUUUUGUACUUUCAUCCCUAUUCAGAACGGUACGCAGUUACUGUCGUAUCUACAAAUAAUACGCUCGUAUAUACGUAUCAGAAUAAUCGAUUUCCUGGAAUUAUUCGAGAUCAAUUGAAUUGGGAAACUGGUUCUGUGAUGAAAGCUAAUUACUCCAUUGACCCAACACCUGCCAACUUGACCAAACAAGAAUUUUACGUUUCUGGAUUGGCCAUGACUAAAAAGCUCAAAUCCGAAGGUGUUUUUCUCGAUCCAGUCUUCAUUAUUGGAGCUCAUAUUGCACUGCCGUAUAUUGCCUUACUUUAUGAUCCUAUUCAACUUCAACAACAACCUUCAAAAAAGGUACAAAUUGGCAUGUGUCGAUGUACUGUACCAUUGUAUUUGCUUUCCAACUUUUUGAGAGAUGAAAUUGAAAUAUUCUCCAAAGGUUAUGUUAUCAUAAUAUCACAUCCUAUUGUAACAACUAGUUCCACUUCUUCGAAUAAUACUUCUUCCUCCAUGGUACAAGUCAUUGCUGGAAGUAUUACAACCACCACUCCCGACGGUAAAAAUACCUUACCACUCUUCAAUUUGACAGAACGGAAUGCUGGUAAACUCAUGCAAGACAUUUAUCAUACCUACCGAGUGGACUUCUUUCAGUUACCUGAAAAAUUCAAAAUCUCUAGUUUAGGAGUGAAUUAUAUUAUAAUGUUGAAAGCAUUUUCAUAUGAGAAUAUCAAGUACAAAUUACUUGUUGUGGUCUAUGAAGAUGAAGUAAGCAUGACCACUUAUAUCAGCAUUGGUGCUUCAUUGGGGGCAACCAUUCUUGUUGUCAUUCUAGGCAUUUGCUAUGGAAUUGUGUUGAGCCAUGCCAUUACAUCACCUAUUCAAGCUCUGCAACGACACUUAGAGAGAAUUAAGGUUCUGGAUUUAGAAGACCAUACAGGAAUGAACAAUAAGAAUAGUAUUUUCAAAGAAAUGAAUGAAAUGUGUGAUCAUUUACAAGUGACCAUUUCAUGGCUCAAAGAAAUUAAGUGUUUCAUUCCAGAUAAUGUCUUUCAUCAACUACAGAUGAGAGCAAACGAACAUUCAUCAGCUUCAUUAACUCUCGCGUCAAGUUUAAGAUCCAGUACACAAGUGAAACCUCAAAUAAGGGCAUCCCAUGAACGACAAGCAAUAUUUAAACAUCAAAACAAACCAACACACGAAAAUCAUCAAGAACCAAUGAUGAACGAUCAAAAACACGAAACUGCAUCCAAUUCUAGCGUAUCCACAAGCACAUUAGGAGAACCAUCUUCUCUAUUCAAAAUGGGACUCUUUAAAAAAACAUGUACAGUUAUUUGCGUUUGCUUGAAUUGGGAAACUGCUUGCCAUUCAGACAUUGCAUGUGAAUUACCAAAAAUAGUGAAUACCAUUCGAUCCAUGUGCAAAGUUUUUCAAGCCAUUGUUCACAUUUCAUCUGUUGAGGAAAUUGUCAUUAUAUUCGAAACAGAAAAACAAUCCAAAAAGAAAAAGAGUGCAUUGGCAGCUGUUGAAUGUGCUUUAAAGAUUAUACGGACAUGCUCUCGUCAUCAUUCAAAGCAAUCUGGUCACACUACAUCUCACGAACAAAACAGUGCUACCACACCAGAUAGACCUAUUUCGAUGGGAAUUUCUACGAGUGAAGAGUCCUAUGUUGGAAAUUUGGGAUCUCAUUCUUUCAGAUUCUAUUCCAUAAUUUCGAAUGCCACUCAUAUUGCCAAAGAUUUAGCAUUUAUUGCUCGCUCAAUGAAUGCAACUGCAGUAAUGGAUGAAAAAACUUAUAUGGAAACGAAUAAGCACUUUGUGUCAAUACCAGUCGAUAGGAUGUGGAUACCAACAAAUAAUCAUGCAAGUGGUGAAGAUGCAACGACUGUGCAUAGUGUUUGUUCUGUCUAUGAAUUGUUAAGAGAAAUGGAGGUAAAAGAUGAUGAGUGGUUGUACGAAUUGGAGCAAAAAGAUGACAUUUCUAAAUUUCAACAAUUACAUUCGUUGUUUGACAUUUUCCAAGAACAAGAAGACAACAAGCUUGAAGCCAUGUUAAGGCAAAAUGUGUUAUUCCUAAGAGAUCACACCAUGUCCUCUCCAUCUAAUAGAUCGUAUGCACGGCUGUUGAAGCUAUUUGAAUUCAUUUUGAAUUCAUCAGGAGUUAAUAGAGAACAAUCCUUAGAUGCCAAUAACAUGGUGAAGAGUCUUAUUGACAAGUACUACCUCAGAAUUCAAAGAUCUAUUCUGUGCUCCAUUGAAAACUCAAUCGUUUUUUCAAAGUAA